AAUCACACUCGCCCUCAGUCAGUUAGCAAUUUGCGUCCAGCCACAUAACGAACCCGAAGAAUCCAAGCCCGACCAUGCGUCUAUCCUAUCUCCUCGUCGUUGCUGCGACUGGCCUACUCGCCUCUGCUAAUGCUGCCACAGAGUCGACGGAGACGACAAUGACGAAGACAGCUGUCGAUUUCGUGAACGGUAAGCGAUUUCUGAGGGUUAGUUCUACGGACGAUUAUGACAACGGUAACAACGACGAACCCAAGUCCAAGAAGGAGACGUCUACUACCACCAACGACGACGCCAACUCGAAAAAAGACGAAGAGAGGGGCAUCAUCGUUGAUGGUAUUUACCAGGACGACUACCAGAGAUGGUUCAAGGAGGGCAAAACACCUGCAGAACUUGCCGACGACCUCGGACUAGAUGAAUUCUCAAUUCUUGGUCAUCCUCUGGAACGACGCAUCUACAGGGGCUACAAACGCUUCUACCGUGUAGCUUGUGAAGAUGGAGAGUGCGAGAAGACUAAGCGUGGACGUUCGGAUGACGAGGAAGACGAGGACGAGGAUGAGUAGAUGAAACAGUCCUUUGCCGACAACAACCAGUAUUCAUCAACCCAGAUUAACUUUUAGGAAUUUGGUUUUAAUCGGGUUUCCUUUGGAUACAAUGAUUUGUAAUAACGCUGGACAUAUCGGGUGAGGAAAUUCUGUAUUUAGGUGGUUUCACUGUGAUUCGACAAAUAAUUUGUUAAUACUAGUAGUAGUAUACUAUAAC